AUGAGCCAGCGAACUACCUUGCAGGAUCCCGACGAGCCGCAGCGCAAACGACCCCGCACCGUGCCAGACUCCGGCACUGGGUCGGACGAGCCGCCUUUCAGCCGCGAUGCGAAGUUCUGGUACCCCGACGGCAGCAUUAUCAUCCUCGCGCAGAACGUCGGAUUUCGCGUCUUCAAGAGCUUGCUUGCUGCGAGCUCUGAUGUGUUCCGCGACAUGUUCGCCCUCGCGCAGCCUUCGGACCACUUACAAGAUGCCUCGGACGAUUACCCCGUCGUACACGUUAGCGACACGGCGGCCGAGAUGCGCUCGUUACUCACAGUGCUCCUGGAUGCCAGACAGUACAUGUGGGCCCGCCGCACGUUCGCGUUCGAGGACAUAGCCAAUUGCGUCCGGCUCGCGCACAAGUACGGGAUCAAGGACCUACUCAAGGACUCUUUGGCGGAGAUUGAGAGAUACUACCCUGCCAAGUUCGAGUCGUGGGACACCCGAGCUAUCCCCUGCGCGGAUGGACACGCGAUUAUCGCUGUCAACCUGGCGCGCCUCACGGGCACGACGUCGUUGCUACCAGCCGCCCUAUACUGCUGCUGUCAGAUGAACGCACGGGAGCUAAUGGACGGGUACGAACGCUCAGACGGUACGGUUGACCGUCUGAGCAAGGAGGACCUCGAGCGGUGCAUCGAUGGCAAGAGCCAUCUCUCCCUCCACUGCAUGCACAGGCCAAUCCCUCAUGUGCAUCCUCACUUGCCGCUAUACAAUCCUAUAGCUUAA